AUGAGGCAGCUGUCAGCUGGAAAGGCCAAUGUAGAACUCCUGGACGUAGCAGUAUUCCAGAGGAAAUCCUGGAUGUUUCCUCAGGAUCCAGAUGAAGACACUGAAUGGAAUGACAUACUGAGACAAUUUGGAAUUCUUCCUCCAAAAGAAAAACCAAAAGAUGAAGUUGAAGAAAGGGUUUUACACUUGAAAGAAGCAGAAGUGAAACCAUAUGAAAGAAUGAAUCUUGAAGAACUGCAGGAAGCUGAAGACGACUUUGACGAGGCUGAUAGGAAAGCUAUUGAAAUGUACAGGCAGCAACGCUUGAAAGAAUGGAAAUGUCUUCAGAGGAGGCAAAAGUAUGGGGAGCUAAGGGAAAUUUGUGGAGAGCAGUAUGUAAAGGAAGUUACAAAUGCUCCAGGGGAUGUUUGUGUUAUAAUUCAUCUUUAUCGGUCAAGCAUCCCAAUGUGUUUACUGGUUAAUGAACAGCUCAGCCUGCUAGCCAGAAAGUUUCCAGAAGUCAAGUUUCUCAAAGCUGCUGCAAACAGCUGCAUUCAGAAUUACCAUGACAGAUGUUUACCCACAAUACUUGUAUAUAAAACUGGUGAAAUAAAAGGCAGGUUCAUUGGAGUGGCUGAAUGUGGAGGAAUGUAUCUUAAAGUGGAAGAGCUUGAAUGGAAACUAGCAGAAAUUGGAGCAAGAGAAACUGAUUUAGAAGAAAACCCCAAAAAGGAUGUUAUAGAUAUGAUGACACUGUUAGUGCAAAAUAUUGUUCACAAAAACACUAAUACAAAAAGAAGUGAUGUGAUGAAAACACAUAUUAAUUGA